AUGCGGAUUCUAUCCUUUUUCGCCGUAGUAUCCGUUGUCAUCGGCCGGGGUUUCACGACAUAUCUCGAUUUUAACGAUGGGUCUCAGAAAGUACUUACGUCUGGUACGGCGGGGAGACUUCAAGAUGGCUUCGAUCUUAGUAGUAUAGUCGCCAGCACCGGAGAAGAUGCACAGAGUCCCGCAUCGUGCGCGGCUUGCGAGGCAAUCCUCUUACAGCUUAAGCUCAUAGCUGCGGCAGGCGAUAACUUCUUCAUCCACUCCAUGACGGAGCUCUGCCAGCGAUUCCACAUCGAAGACGCAGACGUCUGCGCAGGCUCCAUAGCUCUCGAGGGCCCCAUCGUCGCGCAUAGCUUGCGCGGUCUUGCCGUCGGCUCCCGGACGUCGCAGCUGGUGUGCGUAGCGCUCAUGGGACUAUGCCAACACCCCGAGGUCUUGCCGUAUAACGUCUCAUUUCCAUCGCCGAGAGGGUUGACGGGUAGGCCGUCACCAAGUGGCUUGGAGCCGGUGCAGGUGGUACAUUUCUCAGAUAUACAUGUUGAUCCGCUGUAUGUCGAGGGUGCAAAUGCGAAUUGUACGAAGCCGAUUUGCUGCAGGGAAUACACCGACGUUGACAAACCUGGUUUCAACGACUUUCCGGCCAAGCGAUACGGUGAGCACAAAUGCGACUCGCCCGCCAGCUUGGAAGACAGCAUGUACACGGCGAUCCAAGCCGUCGCACCUAACGCUGCCUUUGCCAUUUUCACCGGUGACAUCGUCGAUCAUGCCGUGUGGGAUACGUCUGAGUCGCAGAACGCGUUAGGCAUCGAGGACGCUUACGGACGUAUGGCGCACGCCGGGUUACGCGUCUAUGGCACGGCAGGAAAUCACGAAGCUUCGCCCGCGAACUCGUUCCCGCCAACUCCGGCAAACAGCGACGAUAAUACCGACAAUAACAGUAAUGCCACGCAAUGGUUAUACGACCUACUCUCGGCGACUUGGUCCCGGUGGAUCGGCCCACGGGCCGCGGCUACGACAAGGGAGUUUGGUGCAUACUCGGUGCAGCACAUUUCUAGUAGAGACGGCGUAGGGAAACUACGCGUGAUCUCGCUCAGCACGAACAUGUAUUACGGGCAUAACUAUUGGCUGUACGAGGAGCCUAUGCAGAGAGACCCGAGCGGACAGCUGGCAUGGCUAGUAGGGGAGCUGGAUGCCGCGGAGAAGGCGGGUGAGCGUGUGUAUAUUAUAGGACAUAUGCCUAUGGGGAGUCGGGAUACAUUCCAUGAUGGGUCGAAUUAUUUUGAUCAGAUUGUGCGGCGAUAUGAGGGGACUAUCGCUGCUAUGUUCUUUGGCCACACCCAUUUCGACGAAUUCGAACUCUCAUACGCAGACAAUUCGAACAAGUCUCACUCUAACGCACUGGUAACCUCCUAUAUCGCACCCUCCAUGACCCCAAUAUCGGGACAUCCCGCCUUCCGCGUCUACACCGUCGACCCCAUCACAUUCGGCGUACUGGACGCUACCACUUAUAUCGCCAACGUGAGCGAUCCAUCUUUCUCAUCACCCACAGGGCCAAAAUGGACAAAAUAUUAUUCGGCGCGGGAGGCGUACGGGCCACUGAUCGGAGCAACUAAAAAGUUGGAAUCUGACACAGGACUAGAAUUAGAAGAACUAACUCCCGCGUUCUGGCACAACGUCACCUCAGCCUUUGAGCGGAACGAAACGGCAUUCGCGGAGUACUUUGCGCGGAGGCGUCGAGGAUGGGAGGUAAAGAGUUGUGACGAAAAGUGUAGGGGCGCCGAGAUAUGCAAGAUGCGGGCUGCGAGAGCCGAGGAUAAUUGUAUACCACCUGGCCUGCGGUUGAACUAUAACAAAAAUAUGGGCAAUGGCCAAGGAGAGGAAGAUGAGUGUGGAGACUCGAUUAUACGUGACACGCUGGAGAGCUUGGUUGGGGAUGUAAAUAUGCUGAAGCUGCUUGGAGAGUUGGUGGUUGCGAGGGAGUUAUUAUAG